AUGGAAGAGGAGAAGUACUUGCCUGAGCUGAUGGCAGAGAGAGACAGCCUGGACCCGUCCUUCGUGCACGCCUCGCGCCUGCUGGCCGAAGAAAUUGAAAAAUUUCAAGGUUCUGAUGGAAAAAAUGAAGAUGAAGAAGAGAAAUAUCUUGAUGUCAUCAGCAACAAAAAUAUAAAGCUUUCAGAAAGGGUAUUGAUUCCUGUCAAACAGUAUCCAAAGUUCAAUUUUGUGGGCAAAUUGCUUGGGCCAAGAGGAAACUCCUUGAAGAGGCUACAGGAAGAAACAGGUGCUAAAAUGUCUAUCCUGGGCAAAGGAUCAAUGAGAGAUAAAGCAAAGGAAGAAGAAUUAAGAAAAAGUGGGGAAGCCAAGUAUGCCCACUUGAGUGAUGAACUUCAUGUAUUAAUUGAAGUGUUUGCUCCACCAGGGGAGGCUUAUUCACGUAUGAGUCAUGCUUUGGAAGAGAUUAAAAAAUUUCUGGUUCCCGACUAUAAUGAUGAAAUUCGUCAGGAACAACUACGUGAAUUAUCUUACUUAAAUGGCUCAGAGGACUCUCUUCGUGGCAGAGGUGUUAAAGGCAGAGGGAUAAGAAUAGCUCCCACAGCUCCAUCAAGGGGACGUGGGGGAGCCAUUCCUCCUCCCCCACCACCAGGACGAGGCAUUCUCACCCCUCGAGGGACCACUGUGACCCGUGGUGCUCUUCCAGCGCCCCCUAUAGCGAGAGGCGUUCCUACCCCACGAGCCCGGGGGUCACCCACCCUGCCAGGAUACAGGGCACCCCCUCUGCCAGCCCACAAGGGGUACGAAGAGUAUGGUUAUGAUGAUGGCUAUGGGGGUGAAUAUGAUGAUGAAAUCUAUGAGACUUAUGACAAUAGCUAUGCCAUCCAAGCACAAAGUGUUCCUGAAUACUAUGACUAUGGUCAUGGAGUAAGUGAGGAUGCCUAUGACAGCUAUGCUCCAGAAGAAUGGGUCACGACUCACUCCAGCCUGAAAUCACCUCCAUCAAGGUCAGCCCGAGGGGGAUACAGGGAGCACCCCUAUGGUAGAUACUGA